AUGGCCCCAACAUCCAGUGGCGCUGCUCAGUACCUCGUCUUACGUGCAAUCCCGGAUAUGCUGACAUGUUUAUCCGCAUUCUCAGAAUCAACAGCACCGACGCACUUGAUUUACCUCUGGCCAGCCGUGCUCUUCCGCCUGGUUUCUUUGUGCUACGUCCGACCUUUCGAGCACGUAGCCCUAGACCCUAACUCACCCGCUGCAAACUGCGAAGACUUUCCCCAGCCCCCCAAGUACAAUACAAUAGGGCAUGGAUUACGAUUGAUUGACAACCUGAGUCACCUGGUCGUUCUAUGCAGAGUCAUUUGGAACAAACACCGGCAUUAUCCCACCACAUCCUGCUUCCCUGAUCCUCUCCUCCUUGAUCCAACAAUGGCUACCCACGAGGACGUUCAAAAGUCCUCCUCCAUGCCAUCAACUCCACAAUCACUCAUGUUUCUCGAGGCAGACAACCAUUUCCACCAGCCAACUAAUGAGGAAAUCUGGCGCAACGCAAAGCGUCGUCGCACUCAGAGAACAUCAAGUGAAACACAGUUUAUCCACAUGAACGGAUACAAGAGCGACAGCCAGGUUGGUACCAGGUUCAACAACACUUAUGUAGACUCUUACGCAGAUUCAAAGACAUACGAUAGUGUUCACCAUCAGUCAGCCGAUGCGAUAUCUACUUCUGAGAGUAGUGCGCCUGCUAUUGAGCCUUCAAAGCCUAGCGAAGAACGCUCGGAGCCUGUAGUAGCCAAACCUACACGCACCCGUAGGCCUGUCGAGCGAUCUACCGAGACUUCUUCCAGGGUAUUGAAAGUAAAGUCUGGCUCUGGCUCAUCUCAACAGACCAACAUUCAAACCUUCAUCUUCAAGACGAAGCUAGAUCCUCGUCUUGCUCAUCAAGCUCAUUCUGAUGAUACUGCCGACAAUGAUCAGAACGACUAUUCCGCCAAACGUCCUCGCAAGUCCCGCAAGGCCGAUGGAAACACGCUUAAAUUUAAGAGCUACAACCCAAAUCUAACGCCACGUAAUGCUACUCGAAAGCCUUCGCGACAGGAUCCACCGCGUUCAGAAUCUGUUGCCACCACUCCUGCUCAAAAAUCACCUACCCUCACCAUCGAUGAAUAUUACCCCACUUUUGCAAAAGCGUUUGAUCAUGAGAAGGAGAAAAGUCCUCAGAAGAGUAGCCAGUUCGAAACCCCAUCAAAAGGAGAAAAUAUGGAUGGUUCUAGUGAAGUCGGUUCCACGCAGCGACGCAGCACGCGAAUCCGUAAACCUACCGGCAACAUUUUGAAUGGGGAUACCCCCAUAAAUACGACAUUCGAAAAAGCUGGGUUUGCACCGCCUACAAAGGAAGAAAAACCGGUUCUAAACCGGCUUGACGUCCAAAUGGACGACGCUUCUUCCGUUAAUGUCAAUAUCAACUCAUUAACUAAUCCUUACCACACAACUCCAUCUACUCCAGUUUCAGAGAGUGAGAUCCCAAACGGGGCUCGAGAUGAGACAACGUUCGAAACCGGCACGCCUUCUCCAGAGAGCCUAUCUGCCACUACACGAACUUCAGGACGUCUACGCAAACCAACCAUCAAGGCUAUUGAGGCUUUGCAAUCCAAGCCAAGGUCCCGCAAGCGGCUGCGAGACUCUGAUCAACAUAUCGAGUCUACUAUGAAUGGCAAACGGACACCGGAGCCUGCGAAUGCAGGAGAUUUAUCCUCAGUGUCAAUGUCUCGCAGCACCAGCGGCGCAGUGAGCGAGGUCAUGUCCAUGGUCUUCGACGACCCUGACACAAUCGGUCGACAGUUGUAUGAGCUGGCAGCUGCAGCGUUUGCAGACGCUCCUACCGCUGAGGAUGACCAUGCAAAGGUCAUUCAACUACGUGAAGCGUUCAAUAAGAAUAAGACCCAGCAGGCACUUAUCACCAUCACAGAGGCUCCUGUCACAGAGCAGAUUGAGGUAGAUUUUGAUAGAAUUGAGCAACUAGGUGAACUCAACCCUCAAGUUCCUCUGGAGCAUCCCGAGAAUCCUCGACCUUGGAUUGAAAGCGAUGGCUGGACUCACACUGGUCGUGUCAAUGGUUUUGGAGAAGAGUACUGUACAGCGCCAACCAGUCGAUAUCAGUGGGUUAAACAUGUGUCAAACUAUCGCACUCCUCCGGGACCUAUCCCAACGCCACCGCCUUUCGUCAAGUCAGUGCAGGAAAUCAAGCGUGAUAAUAUAUUUGGGUUCCCGCCUAGCCCGGGACAACGAAACCUGUACCAAAAACGUCCAGGGCAAAUCUGGCGACACGAAAAUGUGGAUGGUCUGUUGUCUCAUAAUUCAACUCGCGCUUCUGCUGAGACCAGCGGCGUGGAUGCGACGGAUGCCGAUGGUGAAACGAUGUCGACGCCUCUAUUCAAGAAACCCAUCAGACUCGUGCUAGUAGACUCGUCGAAGCUUGGACAUGGAAGGUCUCGUAUAUCGGCUCUACGCAGACGUCGUCAGAGCGCUCCGAUUUCUGGACAGAAAUCGGCAUAUACUCCCACACAUACUACCACUAGCCACAGAAGAAAACGUUCCCUGGGCGAUAUAUCUAUUGACAUGAAAGACGCCGUUCUUGACGAUGCGGAUGCAUCUCAGCGCAAGAAGCGGCGGUCCGCAUUGAAACUAGAGAGAAACGGAUCAUUCAUUAACAUGGAAGAGAAAACCCCAGGACGCAACAAACCCAAGUAUUACAAAACACAGGCAACUCCCGAGUCAAAAUCUACAGGCCCUAAAGGAACCCCCAAGGGCCGGCGCAGUGCAGUGCGCACAGUUCAUUCAGAGAAACCGGCACACAAAACUGGUGCCUUUACGCCUGCCACUGUUCAUCAUCCUCCCCAAGAGACGCCCACACAUACCGGGUCGGGACGCGGUCGUCGGCGUACAUUGGGAGCUUCUAAAUAA